AUGGCUAAAAAGCGGUCAGGCAAAAACAGAUCGCAACAGAAGAUCCAGGAUGCCUUCCAGCUCGCCGAGCGUGCCGAGGCUCGUGGCGGCAGAGGCGCCAACCAGGAUCCAGAGUCAGAGUCAGACCAGGACGAUGAGUUACCAGUCAAGGAAGGUGUUUUAGACGCCAGAAAGUUUCUCAAGGACCAGGACAACGAUAGUGAUCUUGACGAUGAAGAUCUUGACUCUGACGAGGCGCUUGGCCUGGAGGAUGAGUUUGACGUGUUGAACUCGAAGUUCUCUCAGACCAUCAGAGAUAAGCAGAAGGAGAAGAAGCUGAGGAGAGGCAUGGAGCUGGAGAGUUCUGAAGAAGAUGAGGGUUACGAUAGCAUUGACGAGUCUCAGUUGGUGACGCUUUCUGAAGCCUGGGACAUGGAUGAUAAGGAUAUGGCCGGUGGUAAGGGUAAGUCUAAGGCUAAGGACGUUGUGCUUGAUGAUGUGCGUGAGUCAGAGAGCGAGGAGGAGAGUGAUUUGGAGGGCCAGAUUGAAUUGAAGGACGAGUCUGGCGAUUCGGGAUCUGACGGUGAAUCUGAAUCGGGCUCUGGAUCUGCAUCUGAAUCUGAAUCUGGAUCUGAAGACGAGUCUGAGUCUGAGUCUGAAAACGAAGAAGACAUUUUUGGUGGAUUCGACGACGAAGACGUCGACCUUAAAUCUACCCUUAGCACCGUCAACUCCAAGGUCAAGGCUCCAAAUGAAUAUAGAAGACUUAUUCAUGAUUCCAGAGAAGCCAGUGAAUUUGCAUUGCCCACGCGAGGCGAGAAACUCUCUCUUGCCGAGAUGCUUAGUGGCGCCGGUGAAGAAGCCGAUGAUGCAUACUUGAUCAACAGGGAAGAAGAAAGUAAACCUGUUGCUGUACCUCUUCCCAAGAGAAUCCAAACUAGAAACGAUAGAAGAGCCGCUUAUGAAAUCACUAAGGAAGAAGUCAAUAAGUGGAAAGAAACCGUCAGAACAUUGCAAGAAGCUGACCAUCUUGAGUUCCCUCUAGCGCCACCUGCUACCGCUGAAGAGCAGGAAGAAAUAGACCCCGAGAAGGAGUACGAUGCUCUUCGGUUUGUUCCCGAAACAGAAAGCCGAAAUGAGCUAGAAAACAAAAUUCAUGGUCUUCUUGAAGCUGGUGCUCUUGUUGAUGAAUCAAAAGAAGCAACUUUCGAACAGAUUGCCGUUGCCAAACUCUCCAAGGAAGAUAUGUUUAAAAGAACCCAAGAAUUGAGAAGAAUGAGAGAACUCAUGUUCCGUGACGAGCAGCGUGCCAAGCGUAUAAAGAAGAUCAAGUCCAAGCAAUAUAGAAAGAUCAAGAAGAAGGAGCGUUUGCGGGAUGCUCAAAUGGUUGAGGGUUCAGAUGCCGAGUCUGACCCUGAAGAUCACGACAUGAAGAGAGCCGAGGAGAGAAUGUCUCAAAAGCAUAAAACCCAAUCGCUGUGGGCCAAGCAAAUGAUCAAGCUGGGUAUCUCUAAAGAUUCGCUGAGCAGAGCUCAGUUGGAAGAGAUGCUUCGAGAUGGUGAAAGGUUGCGUGCCAAACAGUUGGGCCAUGACGAUGGCGGUCACAGUGAUGAUGGCAUUUCAGAUAUUGAAAAAGAUAUCGAGAACGAUCAGGACAACGAUGCCGAAAGAGAAAAGCUUGGAAAGGGUAUCAUGGCCAUGGACUUUAUGAAGAAUGCUGAGGACAGAAAGCGCAGAGAAAACAAGAAGGAGCUUGAGUUCCUCAGAGGUAUUGAUUCCAGUACCGGUAUUGAAGAGUUUGAAGGGCUUCCACUGGAAAAGAACUCCAUCAACAAAUUGAAGAAUGAGGGUAGAAGAAUGUAUGCUCCAAAGGUUGCUGCUGAGAAGGAAGAAAUGGAAGAGUUGGAUGAGGAGUUGAUCCAUGACUACCGUGAUGAUGAAGCCAACAACUUGGAGAACAGACUCAAGGGCAAGACCAAAGGACGUGAAAGAACUGCCGAUGAAGACGAAGGUGAGAGUGAUGAAGAGGACCAGCCUCCUUCAAAGAAGCACAAGGUUGAGGAGAAGGAAGAAUCCGAUUUCGAAGGUUUCGGUUCUGAAAAGAGCAAUAGCGAUGAUAAUGACGACGACGAGGAUGACGAUGAAGAAAACCCAUGGUUGAUGGCAGGAGACGACCAGCAGACAUCAGCCAAGUCAAAGAAGUUCUCAACCGUCACUGAAGACUCCUCCAAGCUUUCCAAGGCCGCCAACAAGAUUGAGAAGCAUAAGAAUAAGGCAAACAAAUCCAAGGGUUCAAAGGAGCCAUCGACAUUGAUCGAUAUGAAAAAGGUCAUUGAUGUUUCCGGCAAGAACGACGCAUUUGGAAGCGACGACGAUCAAAGCGAUGAAGAGGACGAAACGGAUGGUCGUAUGUUUAAGCAACUGAGCCUCAUCAAAGAAGCAUUUGCUGGUGACGAUGUCGUGAGUGAGUUCCAGGAGGAGAAGAGAAGACUCAUAGAAGAAGAAGACGAUAAGGAAGAAGACAUGACGCUACCUGGAUGGGGCUCAUGGGGUGGUGACGAUAAACCACAAAAGCCAAAGAAAAAGUUCGUCAGAAAGGUUGACGGUGUUGCUCGUAAGGAUACCAGACAAGAUAAGAACAAGGACAAUGUCAUUAUCAACGAAAAACUCAACAAGCAUAACUUGAAGUACCAGUCUGCUAAUGUUCCUCAUCCAUACGAGACAAGAGAGCAGUACGAAAGAGCAUUGAGAAUGCCAAUUGGUGAAGAAUGGGCAUCCAGAGCCACUUUCCAGAAGUCUACCUUGCCUAGAGUUAUUGUCAAACAGGGUACAGUUGUGGAUCCAUUGAAAGCACCAUUCAAAUAA